UGUGAUGUCUAAGAGAACGUAUAAGAGUGGAGCUAGUAAAUGAAAGGCAGCAAAAGAUGCCGAGAAGGAACUUGAGAAAAUUCCAAAGUUGUCAACGUAUUUUGCGCUGCAAUCCAACGUACAGGUACAGGCACGUGAAACGGACAGCGCUAGCAGCGACGAAUCGUAUGCAGAAGUAUCCAGAAGUGCUUCAAGUGAGGUCGAAGGUGAAGCCAGUUGUUCUACCAAACAAACUGUGACAGAUAUUCCAGCUGCUGCCGGGAAAGAAGUAUCUGAAUCUGAACCACUGACUGAUGAUCCAGGAGAUUGGCCGUCUAUAAUAUCGGACAGGCAAGUGUGUGACAUUGUUGCACGUGGCCCACUGCAGCAGAAUGAAAGUUACAAAUUUCCAUUUAACGAGGAAAGACGGAGGUUCACAAGUACUCAUUUCUAUCGAACCAUGGCAAAUGGCGAGAAAAUAAGACGUUCAUGGUUAAUGUACUCAGUUCAGAAAGAUGCCAUUUUUUGUUUUUGUUGUAAAUUAUUUGGCACUGGCGACAUACCGCUACGUUGUGGAACAUCUGCUUGGAAAGCACUGUCAAAAAGACUUCAGCAGCAUGAAACAGGCAAAGGUCAUCAAGACUGUAUGGUGAAAUGGUUUGACCUUCGGUCAGGCAUAGUAAACCAUACAUCUAUUGACCAACUCGAAUUGCAGGCUUUUCUGAAAGAAAGAGAUUUCUGGAGAAAUGUUGUCAAACGCAUGGUUGAUGUCGUUAUUUUCUUGUCCGAAAGAAACUUGGCAUUUCGAGGAAGUAAUGAAAAGCUCGGCGAUCCUUCGAAUGGCAACUUUUUGGGACUGUUUGAAUUGCUUGCAAAGUAUGAUACUGUCCUCAGCAAACUUUUACAGAGGAUUAAGAAGGCAGAGACACAUGUUCAGUACCUCAGUCCACAGAUCCAAAACGAGCUGAUUCAACUUGUUGCCAGUAACAUUCAAGAGGCCAACAUAGCGCAGCUUAAAAAAGCAAAAUAUUAUUCAGUUAUUUUGGACUGUACUCCCAACGUGUCACAUGAAGAACAGACGUCUGUGGUGUUAUGCUGUGUUGAAUGCAACGGUGAAGAUGGUGUCAAUAUUCGUGAAGCGUUUGUUGGUUUUCUUAAUGUUCAUGAUACAACUGGCGAGGGUUUAUUGGAAGCGUUUCUUGAAAAGACAAACAACUUAGGAAUAGACAUUGCUGACAUGAGAGGCCAAGCUUAUGAUAACGGCGCAAAUAUAAGAGGAAAGAAUAAAGGAGUUCAAGCCCGCAUGCUAGAAAUAAAUGACCAUGCCUUGUAUGUGCCAUGUGGAGCUCACACUUGGAAUCUUGUGAUCUCAGAUGCGGCAACGUCAUCGAAAUAUGCCGUUGACUUUUUCGGUCUGAUUAACAGAAUAUACGUUAUCUUUUCUUCUUCACCUUCAUGUUGGGAUAUACUUCAAGAACAUAUGCCAAUAUCUGUUAAAGGGUUAUCGGACACUCGUUGGGAGUCGAGAAUUGAUGCUGUGAAGCCAUUGCAUUAUCACCUUGAAGAAUUGUACAAUGCUUUGUCAUCUUUGCGAGAAUAUGCGCUCAAAAAGAAAGAUGGCAAUACAGCAACGAAAGCCGGUGCGCUUUUAGACCAUGUUACUACAUGGCCUUUUGUUCUGACUGUGUACACGUGGUACGAUAUACUAUUUCACGUCAAUAAAACCAGCAAAUUAAUUCAGUCACCAGAUGUGUCAAUUGACGUACUGCAGGCAGAAGUCGGUGCUACAAAGAAGUUUUUGGAAGACUAUCGAAAUACAGGAUAUAUCUCUGUGGUCACAAAUGCACGUGAAAUAGCAGAGCAUAUGGGUAUUGAGCAGGUGUUUCCAGAAACCAGGGUGCGACGUAAGAAGAGAAUGUUUGAUUACGAAUGUGCUGAUGAUUUGAGUCGUCUUUCUGCCGAAGAAAAAUUCAAAUCGCAGUUCUUUCUUGUUCUCACUGAUCAGGCCAUGUCUUCUGUUUCGUCACGAUUUGACCAACUCGUGGAGUGGUAUAAGUUGGUUGGAUUUCUGUACAACACUAACAGCCUGAAGCAGUGUCACAGAGAAAAUGAGCUGGAGAAUCACAGCAAAAAUUUUGAAAGAAAAAUGGGAGACAUUGAUGCCAACGAACUCAUAUUGGAAUUGAUUUGUUUUAUUUAUGUCAUCGAGAAAGAGAGAGGACUUGUCACGGCAAGCAAUUUUUUAACGUACAUAUACAAGAACAGCCUUCAGGAAAUAUAUCCAAAUCUUUGCAUUUGCAUCAGAAUUCUUCUGACCACACCAGUUACUGUCGCUGGUGCUGAAAGGAGCUUCAGCAGAAUGAAACUGAUCAAGAAUAUCCUGCGCUCAACCAUGACAGAUGACAGGUUUUCUGCGCUUGCAGUUAUCUCAAUCGAAAACAAGAUUGCCAGAUCUCUGGACUAUGAUGCAUUGAUCAACCAAUUUGCGGAGAACAAGGCUCGAAAGAAGCGCUUUGCGUAAAUACGGAAUACAUGUACACUGUAGGCCUAUGUAUACAUAAUAUGAACCCUGAAUAUUGUAUAAAAUAAAUACCGCAUUCCAGUUUCUGCAUUGUAAGGGGCGCCGCCCGGACAUAUGUUCGGAGGGGGCCACGUUCUUUGUUGCUAUGGCCGUGACCAUGAUGCAUCAUGGGCACCCGAAUUACAACUCCCCGAGGCUCUGUGGCAGCUCAGGGGGACCCAUCAUAGUGUCAAAUUGACCUGAAAUGAAACCUUCUGAUUUGCUUUCAAAAAGGGAAAUGUUUCAGCUGGGGGUGACAUGUCACAAAACCGGUCAUUUUGAUUUUCCUGAUUGCAGAUUGAAAAAUGUUGGUGAAAAUCAAAGUUUUCCAAGGAAAGACUUUGCAGAAAAUGGGGUUGGAGCUCCGGCCAGGGGAGCAGGGUCGCGGGGCUUUGGCGCUCCAGCUCAGGGAGCGGGGCCAUGGGCUUUCCGUGCUCUGGCUGGGCGCGGGGCCUGAUUCCGGGGAAUUGGGGGAAUCGGCCUAAAGCCAGCCCUGAUUACAGCAGAACGUUAACUAGCCCAGCCAGGGAUCAGGGCCCCAUUGCACAAAUAAUGCAGAGCCAGUCCCUGCCCUUGGGCGUAGUAAUCUAGGGCUUAGAUAAUAUUCAGUUGGUAGAUGCUGGUGGGCAAGAAGAUAGGGUGACUGCAGGGACAGAUGCUCUGUGAAUCCUGUUGCAGUUGUAGUGGUCCUGGUAGCCACAGGUGGUCCCCAGCCUGAGCAACUUAAUUGGAGCACAGGCUGGUUUUCAGGAAGGAUUUAAACGAGGCUGGGAGUGAAUCUGGAUGUGGAGUCCUCCCAAAGUGUAAGGUGCAGCAAGGCCAGGAUUUAGCUGAUAAUUCAUGAGGCAGAAGAGAACUCAGCUGGCUGGCCCCUUCUCAGCUACGCCACGCCACAAGACUACAGGAGUAGGCAUAUCUAGAAUGCAGCUGGCAGCAACCUUCCCAGCCUGUGCCCGCUGGGCUCCAGCUAAUGUGCUAAAAAUCGCGGUGUGGACACUGCGACUUGGGCUGCAACUCCCGCUCUGAUGCCUUGGUGGGCUUGAGAACUCCAACUGACUCGUCCGUGCUAUUUUUAGCACACUAGCUGGAGCCCUGCUAGUGUGAGUCUGUCUCCCUGGGCUGGGAGAUGUACCCUCUACAGCAGUGGUUCCCAAACUGGGGUUCGCUGAACUCCUGGGGGUUCACAGAAUGUUACAGGGGGUUCGCAAGAAAAAAUUCAUUAAUGGCAGCCAGAGGACCCUGGCAUUGGAGGCAGCAGGUGGACCUGGUUGCAGGGCAGACAACCAGA